CGCCGGCGGUCGUGUACUCGCCUGGAUCUGGCACAGCCACUGAGAAAGAAGCCCACAGCCUUCGCAGGCCACGACAGGCAGCGGCUCAAGGACGAUCUGUGGUCGCUUGAGUAUCAUUCACCAUCGACUCUUGCGCCGGCCGGCGUGUGUGUUACCCCACCGGGCCGCAGCCUCUCAAUAUUCCGCCUCUUAAUCCGCCCCGUGUAUUCUAGACCCGCCCAAAAUCGGCAACGCCUGUCCAGCUCACCGGACCCGACCUCCGUCUCACUUUGGGGCAACGUCCGGAUCGAGUUUCACGCCCCAGCCAGACAGACGACACUGUCUCAUCAUGGAACGGAAAAUUUCCUACCUCUUUGUCUAUUCCCCGGCCCUCUGUGUCUGCACAACCAUCUGCACCCUCAAACACUCUGUCUGCAGGUCUUAGAUUAGACGCUGCUGCAAGCACGCAUGAGUGCCUGGCAUGCGAACGGAGCCAGCUCGACAAGCAUCGGCCACGGCUGCCUUUUUCCCCACUUCCAGAGUAUGGGCCCUUAUCUUCAACCGCCCGCGAAUGGUUUGAUUACCGUGGUCAUUGUGCUUUCCAGCUUAUCUCUGAUCCGGCAUUCGCGAGGUAUUGCUCAAAGUUUCCUCUGUAUCAUUUUUCAAAACGCUUCGACCCUCCAUAGCAGGUGUUCAGCGUGAGCAACGCUGAGUCGCUGGCAAUGAACCCGAAAUGAGUGAGCAAGUCUGUAGCCCUCUUGGCUUGAGGACCGGACGGCCAACUCUUGUUUACAGUCUUGUUAUUGUCUGAUACUGUUGUGUUUGGCAUCAUUCGACAGCGAACGGCGGUCCAGACCUUUGGAUGUCAACGCAUGCAAAGGAAAGGAUCACCUCUGACGAUCAUUACCCUACUACGCAAUGUCAUCAUCAGUCUCGACCACGAAAUAGAACCGAACCUCUGAGACAAGACAAGCCAUUUUCGCGUACCAAUCCGGCUCAAUCUUGGGUGUCGAAAGGAUGCAUUGCAUCGCAUCGACUUUUCAACAUCGCCAUACUCGUGGGUAGGCUGUUCCCCGCGGAGCUGGGCGAUCUCGAUCACACUUAGGCACCCCAAGGUGAGUCAGCCACACUUAAACUUAUCACAUAACCAUGGGUGGUCGUGGCGAGCCGGUUCUGAGCGAUCUUUCUUCGUGCCUUUUGGCCAGAACCGAUUGGCUUGCUAUCGCACGACGAGACACCGAAAAUGACAUCAGAUCUUACUGUCGAUCGUUGAGUCGAGCUUGAAGAGCAGCAAAUGCAGUCAUAAACAUUCCCCUGGGUAGAUGACGUCUGCCAAAGACACCGGUUCCUCUCCGUUGAAGAAACCGCAGAAAUACACAAGGGCGAGGUGCUUGCGCGCUGGACCACUGUCUUAGCUGAGUGUGAAUUACUUGAGCCCAAUAUUUCAA